AUUGAUUUCUAAAUUUCUUUUAUUAAAAAUAAUCCGCAAAAACAAAAAAAACUCUUUAUUACCAAAAAAGUUAAAAAGUUGUUGUUUUUAUAAGUUAUAAUGAAUAUUUAAUAAAUUGAAAUAAAGACUGUAUUAGGUAAAGAUGAAUAGAUUUUCUCUUAAUUGAGAUCUGAUUUAUAGAUAAUACUGAAAGCAGAGAAGAAUUUAAUUUAGGCCUAUAAAACUUUUUCAACUAAUAUGAGACAAAAGAUUUAUACAAAAGAAUACAUUGAAGCAAUGAAAUAAAUAUUUUAAGAUACAGCUAUUCAAUAUGAAGGUAUCACUAAAAAGAGAUAAGAUUUGGCUGAUUUAAUUGACACAAAAAUGCUUCCAAGUUUAAAUUCUUACAUAUCAGAAGUAAAAGAAAUAAAAAAUACUUUGGUAGAAUAUGAAAAAAAAGUAAUAUAGGCUGAUAACAAACUUUAAGAAAAAAUUCAUGCAGAAUCCACAAAAUAAGAAACAAAAAUAGAAAAAGCUGUUGAAGCAUAUAGAGAAGCUAAUUUAAAUGUUAAAAUAUUCAGUAAGAAAAUGUAAAAGUAAUUAGAUAAGUAUAUGCAUAAUAAAAACUAGGAAUUGAAAUGUCUUAUACUACAUCUAGCAAACAAGUAAAUGCUAAUAGAUGCUGAAUCCUUAAAAUCAUUAUCUAUUUUAACCCAGAAUGUGAACAACCACAAAGAGAAAGAAGAAACUGAGAAUUUUUUAGAAACAGUUGUAGGUCGUACAAAUAAUCUAGAAAAUUGAAACAAAAAAUAAUAUAAAAGUAAAAUGUUGCUAAAUUAAAAAUAGAAAAAUAUAUUUUGUAAUUGCUUAUUUUUUAUUUUAAAAAAAAUACUUUUUCAUCAAAUUAAAUUUUAAAUUUUAAA